AUGGCAGUGGAGGGUCAAAGAUUUAUGACCAAGACGCAACACUAUCGCAAGGUCACGAAGCCGUUGCUGGAGCGCAAACGACGUGCGCGCAUGAAUCUUUAUCUGGAUGAGCUGAAAGAUCUAAUUGUGGACACGAUGGAUGCGCAGGGCGAGCAGGUUAGCAAGCUGGAAAAGGCGGACAUACUCGAGCUGACGGUCAAUUAUCUGAAGGCACAGCAGCAGCAGCGAGCAGCCACGCCUAUUUCGGAAGCCAAGCCUCCGCUGAACUUUGACAAAUUUCGUGCAGGAUAUACGCAGGCGGCCUACGAAGUCUCGCACAUAUUUUCCACAGUGCCUGGCCUGGAUCUGAACUUUGGUACUCACCUAAUGAAGCAAUUGGGCCAUCAAUUAAAGGAUAUGAAGCAGCAGAUGCCAGAGAUUUGUUCCACACUCAACGAGGAGCCUAGCGAGCCUGUUAAUCUAUCGGAGCGCAGACAACGUUCUCUAUCGCCCCAUGACGCUGUUGUGGAUGCCAAUGCCUUGGACAAGGGCGACGAUGUCUGGCGACCUUGGUGA